CUCAAGUUGCGGACGCAAACAGUGGGUGGCACAAGUGAAUUUUAUUUUAUUUAUAUUUUUUGCCGAAAUCAGCUAACUUAACAAAAAAGCAUUAAUUAGUGACGAGUGGGUCUCUAAAAUAGUCCUUUUUGCGAACUGUCUUGUUUAUUUGCUCUAACAGGCUAACAGCUAAUGCUAUAUUCAUAAUAACGAAUGAAGCACAGUGACUGCAAUAUGGCCAGCAAGGAAGUCAAAGCAGGGUUGAAAAAUGCCAGAGAGGCCAUUAAAAACAAGGAGUUUAAGGAGGCCUUAAAACACUGCAAGGUGGUUCUGAAACUGGACAAGACUAAUUACAACGCCUGGGUGUUUAUUGGCCUUGCUGCCAGUGAACUGGAGCAACCAGAUCAGUCACAUGCAGCCUAUAAGAAAGCAGCGGAGCUGGAGCCGGAGCAGCUCCUGGCAUGGCAGGGCUUAGCCAAACUUUAUGAAAAGACGGAUCAGUGGGAUUUCAAAGUCGAACUCCCAAAUGUUUAUCAGAAGCUCGUUGACCUUUGUGCCAGCUCAGACAAAAAGAAAUGUUACGAACUGAUCAGAAAGCUUACAGACAUUUAUCAGUCUGACAAAGAAUAUAACAAGCUGGCAAAGCUUUGGCUGCAGCUUAUUCAGCUGAAGGAGGAAGAUGCUGUUGAAAAGAAUGAGUUACUGCAGCUGUGGGAGGAAAUGACACAACUGUUGUCAGAAUGCCUGAAUAAAGAGAAGCAGGAAGAUGAAACACAGCAGCAUUUAAUCACAGCAUUUGAGAAAACCAUGGCUCUCACAGAUCCUAAACCAGGAGAGAAGCACAAGAAGAUCUCAAUGGACUAUAUUAAAUGUCUUUCUAAUCUACAUCAAGAAGCUAAAAUGAUUGAGGCUUGUAACUCCAUGAUAUCACUCUACCCCAAUCAGACCUAUCCUCUUGAGGUUCUCUGUUCUCACUAUCUCCAAACAGGCGCCCUGAAUGAGAACACAAUCAGCAGUUUCUCCUGUCUCCUGGAUCUGGUCCCUGGCUCUGGUUUAGGUCACUUGGGUCUGGGCACUAAAGCACUUCAAGAAGGAAGAUAUAAAGAUGCCAUUAAGGACCUUUCACAAGGGACAAAGAAAUUGAGCUCCAGCACCGGAUGGUACAGUCUGGCCGAGGCUCAGCUUAAGCUGCACAUAUACGUAGACAGUGCUACAUCAUGCUCCCAAGGUCUUAUGACAUGUGAGUCUGGCAACAAAGAGCUGAAGGUUAAACUGCUUGAGCUAAAACUGGAAGCCCUGGUUAAAAGUAAAGGGAAAAAAGAAGCAGAUCAGGCUUUGGAGAGCUUUUCACAGAUUCCAGAUGCAGAAAAAGAUCCAGGUCUAGUUGCCUUUAAGGGACGUGCCUUCCUUAACAAGGGGCAGUUUGAUCAAGCACUUCAGGUAUCUUCAGAAAUGUUGGCCUCCAACCCAAACCUGGCUGAGGGUUUAGUACUGAAAGGACUGGUACAUUCAGCAAAAGGCCAGCUGCAGCUGGCAGAGCAGAGCUACUUGAAAGCAGCUGCAGAGAGCCCAGGCUGUGCAGAGCAUUACUUAUUACUGGGACAACUGUACUGGGACAUGGGAGAAGAGAUUCGUAAGGAUCGGAGUAAAGUUCAUUCACAUUUACUAAAGGCUGCAAAGUUGGACCCACACAUGGGCUCUGCCUUCCGUUACCUGGGCCAUUACUACAGGGAGGUGGCUAAUGAUUACGGCCGUGCCCGAGGCUGUUAUAAAAAGGCUUUUGAUUUGGACAGCGAUGAUGCAGAGUCUGGAAGUGCCUCAGUUGACCUCUGUAUGGAGCAGGAGGACAUGGACAGCGCCUUAGCAAUACUUGAGUCAGUGAUUGAAAAUGCCACUCCAGGAUCAGCCAAAUGGGCCUGGAUGAGACGAGGCCUGUAUUACCUGAACACAGGAGAACAUCAAGAGGCCAUAUCUGAUCUGCAGGCUGCACUGAGAGCAGAUCCGGAAGACUGGGUUUGCUGGGAGUGUUUGGGUGAGGCCUAUCUGAACCGCCAUAGCUUCACAGCUGCUCUCAAGGCCUUUGGUAAAGCACAUCAGCUUCAGCCUUCCUCCAUCUACAGUGUUUACCAGGCUGCUGCAAUCAAGCAGACUCUGGGAAAAUUCAAAGAGGCAGUUGCAGAGUAUUUGCAGAUUACAGCACAGCUGGACUAUGUUCCUGCUCUUAAAGGUCUUGGAGAAUGCCAGCUAUCUUUGGCCAAAGGUUUAAUAGAAGACUGCAGAGAUGGAGGAGCAAUCGAUCUUAUUCAAAAAGCAAUACAGAACCUCUUUAGAGCUGUGGAACUGCGUCCUGAUCUAUCCUGUUUGUGGAAGCUGCUAGGAGAUGCCUGCACGGCAGUUAAUACUGUUUCACCAAACAGAGUGCGAGUUCUAGUGCCUCUCCUGCUGGUUGGUUUAGACCCUAAUUCACAGAACCCCAUGCUGAACCAAGCUCAGGCACUUAAACUGGGUGAAAGGUGCUAUGCUCACGCCUUGAAGCUGAUGUCUGAUGUUCCCACCCUUUGGUACGACCUUGGAGUUAACUAUUACCACCAGGCUCGACUGUCAUGUGCCUCAGAGGAACAGGACUCGCAGUCUCUCAUCCUAGAAAAGGCUCAGCAGUGUCUGAAAAAGGCCAUAAUGAUGGACAAUGAAAACCACAGUUACUGGAACACCCUGGGUGUUGUUUCCAUGCACAAAGAUCUUCAAAACUUUGCUCUGGCUCAGCAUUGCUUCAUCAAGUCUAUACAGGUGAAGGCAAAUAACGUUGUUGCUUGGACAAACCUUGGUGCCCUUUACUUGAAGAAAGACAGUAUAGAGCUUGCACACGAGGCCUUUAAAAUUGCUCAGUCCUUGGAGCCGCUGUAUGUCAACUGCUGGAUUGGACAGGCACUGAUUGCUGAGAAAGUCGGAAGCUACGACACUAUGGAUCUUUUCAGACACACUACUGAACUAAGUACACAUGUCGAAGGUGUAAAAGGUUACGCCUACUGGGUUUGUUCCACCCUGCUGGAUAAGAGCAACAGAAAUUCAGAGUUGUAUCGAUACAACAUUGUCCAGAUGAACGCCAUCUCUGCUGCUCAUGUGGCACUCAGCAAAUACACAGAGAGGAUUCAGUCAGACCCUGAAGCCUUUAUUAUGCUGGGUUACCUUAAUGAGCAUAUGCAGCUAAAGAGACAGGCCUUACAUUCUUACCGGAGAGCUGUUGAGCUCCUGCAGAGGGCAUCUUCACCAGAACAACUGGCUUUUGUACUGGGCAGCUACGGUCGUGCUUUGUGCACCUUAGGUCAGUGGGAGGAGGCAGUGAAGGUGUAUAACUCCACAUCACUGCAGGAGCUCAGUAAUCUGUCUGGUUUGGCUCUAGCUUACUCCAGGGCUGGACUAAUCACAGAGAGCACUAGAGCCUAUGAACAGGCCUUGGCCCUGGCUUCCAGUGAGAAAGACAAAGCUUACAUUUUAACAGCACUGGCAUUAUUGCAGCAUCGUCAGGGAAACAUUGACUCAGCCAAGACUUUGCUCUUUAAAUGCUCCAUGCUAAAAGAACCAAUCUCAGAGUCUCUAUUGUGUCUGUGCGCCCUGGGCUUGGCCCACAGGGACGUCACACUAUCUGCUGCUGCCCUGACUGAGCUCCUGAAACAAGGAUCAGCUUCUGGGAUCGUUGUGGAGCAGCAGUGUUUACUCACAUGCACGUUGCUGGCUCUUCAAGGUAACUAUAGUGCUGUGCAAAGAGAGGCCUCCAGAGCUGUACAUAGAAAUCCUGGAAACCCCUCACUGUGGGCCCUGCUCUCCAGAGUUAUACCACAGUACUAUCCCAGGAAAGCAAAUGGGGGUGCAGUUGCUGGUCAUAUUGCCUGUCUCUCCAGUAUGACACAAGGAAAGGUAAAAAGAUCACUGCAGAGGGCGCUGUUGUAUAGUGGCGUAAACCAACUGGCCUGUGGGAAACACUCUGGAGAGGAUAGUCAAAGAAACGCAUUGAAGACACUGCAGAGAGCUGUGCUUCUCUGUCCUGAUGAUUCAGCAGCCUGGGCAGGACUGAUGGCUGCCUGUCACACUGAAAACACAACCUGUCACCUGUCAGGCGCUGCCCCCUGCAGACAGGGUCUGGAGAAAAUCCUCAUGGCAGUGGUUUCUGAGAAAGUGCACAGUGUGGAGGAGAUAGAGCGCCCUCUAGCCCAGAUUUUGGAGGGAUGGGUACUACAACAGGCAGUCACUGGACUCAUGUUGGCAGGAGAACUUGAAGAGGCGGAAGCUCUGUGCUCACAGGUGUUGAAUGUUUCUCCAGAACAUCCAGCAGUGAUACUCUCACUAAGACAGGUACAAUGUCAGUGCCUCCUAGUUGAAAACAGCAGUAUUGUCCUCCCAGAAUCUGUGCUGGAGCAGCUUAACAACACAGUAAUGAUGAACCCCACUAACCUGGGGGCAUGGCAUUGGUUGGCUGAGGUCUAUCGUGACCAGGGUCUGCUGGUUCAGGCAGUGAUGGCUUACAGGCAGAGUCUGCAGCUGGCCUCACAGUUCGGUCUGUACAGCUGGCAAGUUUCCAGCCUGCUACGAUUGGCCCUUCUGGCUUUAAGACCUUGUGUGGCAGGGCUUCCAGGACAAGAAUGGAAGGACCUGGUAGUAGAAGCCACCACUGAGGUUUUAAAACUAGAAUCAUCUCCUAUGGCCUUCCUCUUUCAGGCUCUGCUCCAGUUUGUCAACAAGAUGGCAGCUAGGGAAACAAGGCGAUUGCUGGAUAAGCUGCUGUACUUCUCAUCUCAGAAUGUCCCAGUGACAGUGGUGCAGGUGUGCAGCUGGUACCUUCUCAGACAUCUGCAUGCCAAAAAUGAUGAGGAGCUGAUAAACGUGCUUUUGACCAAAAUGAAGGAGGACAAAAGGCUGUUGGACUUACAUUCAAUUCUUGAAUCAUCUGCAUCCAGAAUUCAGGUUUAAUUAACUACAGUAAAUCAUAUUAAUGGAAGCAUGUAGCUUUACUGGCUUUGUCAUACGGCUUUCAACAAUUCAGCUUCUCUGGCUCUCUUUGAAGAAGGCAGGGUUUUUGUUUUACAAUUUAUAAUCAAAACUUUAAUUACAUCAGUUCACUGCUAUUUAGAUCAUUGUGAUUGGGGAAAGCAAAAAAAGAUUUAACAGAAUGUUCUGAGGUCUCUACUGCUUCUUUUAAGGAGGAUUUGAUCAGUCACACUCUGCAUGUCUAUUAGGUAGAAUAAUGUCGACCUUAACGUCAGCAAAAUUACCUUCUUUGUUAGAAAAGAAAAGUUUUUAGGGUGGGAAAAAUAAACACAAUAAAACAUGUCCUAGAAAUUUUCUAGAGGUGGAGAGUCUGCUUUAGGUCUGUUAAAUUAGUUUGUCUUUCUAUGGCGGUGAAGAGUCCUGGACAAAAUCCUGGCAAACUUCACUUCUAUGCAUCUGUAUACUGUACUGUCAGCAAAUAAUUACUGGUUUUCCUACUCAUCAAACACAGCCAGGAAUUAAUUGUCAAACUCAUUGUUAAGAAAAAAUACAUACAGAGCCUGAAAUAAAUCUUUCUCAAGUAA